GCUCAGAGCUGGGUCCACCUAGUCCCCGGAGCCCCGGCUGUGGUGCUGCAGCUGCCCCUGCGCUCUGCCUUGCCUUCUCCGCCCCCCUUCCUCCCCUCCCCAUCUCCCUCUCCCUCCCCUCCCGCUUUCCCCUCCCCCUCGCAGUGCUGCCGCAGUCGGGGCUGGAGCACACGCCGGCUUGGCAGGCUCUCGGGGCCGAGGAUGCGUUCGGGCUUUUGUUCCCAUUGCGCCAGGCACAGGGGCAGCUCGAGUUCAGACUCCUGCCGAAGCUUCUCCCUCUUCCGCCGCGCCGCAUCCUCUCCCCAGAUGUUCAGCCAGCCGGGGUGCUAGUGUCAGCCGUCUCUGGUGCCUGUGUGUGAACUUGCUGGCAAGGCUGCUGCCGGGAGGAGGCUGUCGAUUGAGCCGGAUUUAAAGGGGAAUUGUGCUGCAGACGAUGCUCAGCAGCAGCAUCUGGAGCAGCCCUGGGGACCCAGCUACACAUUGCUAUACACCCAGCCAGGCACAAUGACAGCAGCUGCCUGGAGUGGCUGCAGGCAGCAGGCGGGAGCAUGAAGUGAAGGGAUCACUGCAGUGCUCAAGAUGAACUCCACCUUGGUGGGUAACCAGAGUGGGCGGCCAUUCUGCCUCCUGGCCAUUAGCUACUUGGAGACGGUCAAUUUUUGCCUCCUGGAAGUGAUUAUUAUAGUGUUUCUCACCGUGCUGAUCAUUUCAGGCAAUAUUAUAGUGAUAUUUGUCUUUCACUGUGCACCUUUACUGAACCACCACACCACCAGCUACUUCAUCCAGACGAUGGCAUAUGCUGACCUCCUGGUGGGUGUGAGCUGUCUGGUGCCUUCUUUGUCCUUACUCCACUAUCCCAUUGUUUUGAGAGAGUCCUUGGUCUGCCAGGUCUUUGGUUAUGUGGUAUCUGUGCUCAAAAGCGUCUCCAUGGCCUCUCUGGCUUGCAUUAGCAUUGAUAGAUACAUUGCCAUCACCAAACCACUGACCUACAAUACUCUGGUCACCCCGUGGAGACUUCGUGUCUGCAUCCUGAUCAUUUGGCUGUACUCCUGUGUAGUCUUCUUACCUGCCUUCUUUCACUGGGGAAAGCCUGGAUAUCAUGGGGAUGUGUUUCAGUGGUGCGCCGACUCCUGGUACACUGAUCGCUAUUUCACUCUCUUCAUCGUGAUGAUGCUCUAUGCCCCUGCUGCUUUCAUCGUCUGCUUCACAUACUUCAAUAUCUUCCGCAUCUGCCAGCAGCACACCAAGGAAAUCAAUGAAAGGCGAGUGCGCUUCAGCUCCCAGGAUGGAGAGGCUGGGGAGGCACAGCACUGCCCCGAUAAGCGCUAUGCCAUGGUUCUCUUCCGCAUCACCAGUGUCUUCUAUAUCCUCUGGUUGCCCUACAUUAUCUAUUUUUUGCUGGAGAGCUAUGCUGUCUAUAGAAACCACACUGCAUCCUUUUUGACCACUUGGCUUGCCAUUAGCAACAGUUUCUGCAACUGUGUCAUUUACAGUCUCUCCAACAGUGUUUUUCAGAAGGGGCUCAAGCGCCUCUCGGGAGUUGUUUGCGCCUCUUGCGCAAGACAGAGGGUAGUUAAGGACUCCUCAACCUCUAGGAGCAAAAGACCUUCCAAUGGAUGCCAUGUCUAAGGAGCAGAUCGCUGUGACUGGGAAAUGCAGGCAGUCAUGUAAAUUGCAAAAUAAGUUAAAAACAGUUUUAAGAUGCCAGGUUAGCAAAAAGGUUUCUGAGAAAUGCUGCUGACUCAAAAAUCAGGAGCGUGUAUUAUUGUUUUCACUUUAAAAUUUCAUCAUGGUGUUAGGGUAUAUGGUGUGUGACCUCCAUAUUCAUUUUAAGAAUAAAGCUGUAUCCUGACACUUUUUCAGGCAUGACUGAAUGUAGUGGGUGUGUGUGAGCUUCAGCAAAAAUGGUGUGUGGUUUUUUUUUUUUUUUUUUACAGUUUACGAGGCUGUUUCAAGAUUUAUGCUCACAUAGAAAUGAUUUCUCUCAAGUGGAAGUGUUAUAGUAUAAUGGUGUAUUGCAGGGAUUUUUUUUGUGUAUUUCAAAGCAUAUUGACUCUGUGUGUUCUUACACUGCAAUAUAAGGGGCCAAAUGGUUUGUCUUUCAGCUCUACCUAGACAGAGCUCUAGAAUAUAGUGAAUAAUGUGAACACUUUAACAUUAACUUAAACUUGUAAUGAGCCAUGAAUGCAGUAAUGUGCUCAAAACAGUGAGACACUUUUGAAAACUGAUCUGGUCUCUGUGCCCUGUUUUACCAGUAGAAUUCUUGUAUGUGAUUGGAGUACAGUAUUUAUAUUUUCCUUUUUGAACAACUUGGAUCAGACCAAAGUUAGCAGUUUAAUAAAACAUUUUUUAUAAGCUAAGAAAAAAUAGUUGCUGUUUUAUGCCAUCAGAAUUGUGGCAGUGAUUUGAGGAUGAUGCCUAGUUGUGAAAAUUAUUCUCAAAACACUGGAGAAAAGCUACUUCUGUUUGGAAGUUACUCAAGAACAACUUAAAAAAAAUCUGACAUGUUUUUAUCUAAAUUCUUCUGAUAUUUUACAUACUGGAACUUAAGGGGAAAAGGAAAGAAAAUUGUUGUCUAACCAGCUAAGGGAGCUAUGUUAUAAAUUUAACUACAGCAUUUGAGUUAUGGAUAACUGAACACACAGCUAAAUCAGGCAUUUAUCUUUAAUCCCAGGAAGCCUAAAGAAGGUUCGAAUAUAGCAGGAGCUAAUUCCUUUUGGCAAGCAUCUGUCAUAAACUGGUCAAACAAAGUACACUAUCUGAGAAACAAAGUUUUCAGUGACAACUUUGUAGGGCUGGUUUAGAAUGGAGUCUUUUUGUGUGCUGUAAUGUCAUCAGGAAUGUACUGUGGCCCUCAACUAAAUUCAUUCUCUUUAAAAAUGCCAUUAACUCUUUAUUGAUUCAUGGAGUGCUAUUUUAGUAGCUAAAGUGUCUGCAAAGUAUAAAUUCUUAAAAGUAAUGGAUUAUAUUUUUCCAUCUCAGUGUCCUCAAUACAGGGAUGUGUUGUUUUUUUUCCCCUCCCUUCACAUAAUACAUACCACAACCUAUCUACAGCUCACUGUUUUCAGCAUGCAUCCAAUCUCUGUGUGCAAUAGGAGUGGGUUCUGGAGAAUUCUUUGAGCUCUCCACGUGUGUAGGCAUUGCAGUCAGUGUGUGCUCGCAGUGCACAGAGGGACUGAAGGAAACCUAUGAGAAAUGGGUUACAAGACUUCUAAGAUCUGGCGAAGUCUCUCCAGCUCAAGGGAAAAAUCACAGUUUGUGUUAUAAAAUAUAUUUAAAUCACAUCUUGAUUUUCUACCAUAGUAUGUCAUUCAUGAUGAACACUUAUAAAGAUAACUUCCUCCUGUAGAUCCUCCAAAAUGCAUGAACAAAGGCUGUUGGUAAUCCAGAUGCCUUUGUGGCCACUUUAUUAAUCAUUAUUUGUGUUAUGGCGCACCUAGAAAGCAGGGGCCCCUUUUGCUUGGCACUGUGCAAUAAUAAAACAAAGAGAUUGUCCCUACCUCUAAAGAGCGUGAUAUCUAAAUUUAAGGCUAAAGACAACAGGUGGAUAUGACUGACAGCAGUGGGGAGUUGAGGGUAACAGUGAGACAGUUAUGAAAGAUGUAAGCAAGGGUUGCACCAGCUGGCUAAUCAUUCUCAAGUGUGUUGUAAGCAUUAUAGCAUAGGUGGUUUUUAAGGAGAAAUUUAAAGCUUUAAGUCACUAAUAUUUAGCAUUUAUGCUCAGUAUUAUUGAAAUACCCCCUCAUGCAAAACACCCCUGCUUUUCCAUGGUUCUAAGCUGUAGUUAAAGUUUCAAGUGUUUGAGCAGUUAUAAUCUAAGCAUUAAAAUAGCAUUUAACAUCAAGAUGAUUUAUGUCAGAUUUAUCCACUGGGUACUAAAAUCCAUCACAGUAAGGUUUUAGGCAUAAAUGGAGGUCUGAAGGCAAAUAUUGCUGCAUCUUUCAGUUUGUGCACCAGGAAGAAGCAGUUGAAUGUUACUUAGUGUACAGUAUAUUUGGGAAUAUGUGAAUUUAGCAAAAGUGGAGAAUCUAAAUCCUGACAUUAGUAUUUAACUUGUGCUGGAGAAGAUACCAGCUUUACCCAGCUGGCCCAGAGCUCUAUUCAAAAUAUAACAGUUUACAGCUGCAGAUAUUUUUAAAACUUAACUUGGGAACAGCUGAACAAGUCAGCAUUACUCUGAUGGCUAGAAGGAAGGUAGUGCAGCUGUGACUUACAGCUGUGAGAUUCACUUACAAAGUGUUUAUUUAAAAACUAGGCUUUUGCUCUCUCUCAAUUGCCAUAUUCAAAUCCACCGUCAGUUUCAUUUUUAUCUCAAAAUCUUCAUCAGUUAAGUUGCUUUUCAUGAGACACAGGAAGCAAAACCUGGGCUUCUAGGGAAUUAAAAAUCAGAACAAAUAGUAGAUGCAUCCUAGUUUCAUAUGCAACAUCUUUCACAGAUGCUUCUGAAAGGUGAAGCCGUCUCCUACUGCACGGUUAGCAUUAAGCCGGUCUUGUCUCAAUUACAUCUACUAUGUAAAUUGUUUUUUAAAUAUCUUUCAUAUACUCCUUUCAUGUGACACAAUGGUAGAUAUGUAUGUAGUUUAAAAGCUGCUGCACCAGAUUCAUAUCAGACAUAACUAUUGACUUCAGUGAAGUUACAUAAGGGCUGAAUCUGUCCCAGUGUGCUUGGGACCAAGUGAGGGAGAAAUAAUUUUACACUCUAUUGCCUUGUUUUGUCAGUUCACUUAACUUUAUUUGGUAUGUAGUUGACAUGAAGCACAGUGCUUGUUUUCAGGGACUGUCAGCGCUAUUGAUGCUAUGAACUGUUACAGAGCAGACUUUAUAGUCAGAUCGUUUUCAUAACUACAUUUGAAAAUUAGUCUUUGUGCUUGGCUAAACUUGUUUGAGUUCCCAUAAUACGUUAAAAAAUAGUAAAUACUGACUAGGAUCAUUGCACAAACAAAUGUGAUGAAGGGAGCAUAGAUGUAAAAAUUAUUUGCAUUUUUAUGAAAAUACUAAGUCUGCUAUAAAACUUCCAUGAGCUUAAGUGGUUAAAUGAAUUGACUUUAAUUUCAAAUUUGUAUCCGGGACUAUAAAUUCUAUUUUUUAUUAGGUUAUCCAACUCAUUUUCAGAUCCAGCUGGGUGAGGGUUUAUAACUUGUUUAAUUACUGGAUGGAACUCACUUGGCAUCUUUGAGUCCCAGGGGAAGGAUUUUCACAUGCAUAGCUUUUCAGAAAGUGACAUAAUUUAUGUAGCUCAUCCAAUAUUCUCAUACUGAAAAAGAAAAGACUUACAAAUGAUUGGAAGUUGCGGUUGUGGCGUAUUGCUAUUUUUAAAUAGUUUUGAAGGGAGAAAAUGUGCAAUUUGUUAAUUUUCUAAUUCAAAUCCAGUGACAAUUUUGUUAACAUGGAGUUCCUUUCUAGGUGAGGUAAAAAGAGGAUGAUAGCUUUGUGCUAUCAAAUUCUGCAUUUACAUGUUGGUAUUUCUUCACUCCCCGUUUUAUAAUCUUAAUUUACUAGUGCAUGUUUUGUACUUUAGGGUCCUAAUUGUUAGUAGAAUUUCAGACUUAUACCUUCCUUAGGUACUUGGCUUCCAUUACUGUAGUAUCUGAGCACCUCACAAUCUUUAAUAUACUCACACCACCUUUGUGAGAUAGGGAAAUAAUCCAUUUUACAGAUGGAGAAUUGAGACCCAGAGAAAAUAAAUGACAUACCUAAUGUCAAACUGGAGGAGCAAAGAAUUGAACCUGGGUCUCCCAAGUCCCAGACCCUAACCAUGGCAUUAUCAUUUUUUCUUCUCCCUCCUGCUGCCCCCCGUUUUUUUUUAAAUAGGAGUUUCACAGGUAAGAUGCUCAUCUCCUCAGAAAAUGACAAAUACAAGUCCCCGACUAACAUCCUUCCUCUGAGAACACCACCAACUCAAUACCCAACAUUGAUAAGCAAAUAUCCCUUGCUGUAUUUGCAGAGAGCCACACUAUCCUAUACAUUGAACUUCCACAAGUCAAGAAAAGCUGAAGUGCUUCAAUCAAGCAGUACUCCACCAUCAGAGUUUACAGUUUGAAGUCAGUGGGACUGGUGCUCCGAAGUUACUAAAGUGCUUUUGAGAAUCCAGCCCUCAGGAAACUGUUUGGAUUUGAGAUUAGCUUUGUUUUCAGUUUUGAAAAUUUUGGCCUGUGUCUCUAAAAGUUAAUACUUUUGUUUAAUGUAUUGAAAGUCGGAAUUAAUUAUUGUUAACCCCAAAGCCAUUUUGUUUUGGAAUUACAAAGACUUUGUCACCAAGAAGUUUAAUAAAAACUUUUAGACCCUGAUGCUGAAAACAUGUAUGCAUGUGCAUAGAUGCAUUGAAAUCCAUGGGGCUGUUUAUGUGAGUAAAGUUAUGUACCAGGUGAGGUGUUUGCAGGUUCAGAGCUUAAUUUUCAAUAUUUUGUUUUUCACACUAAACAGUUUUGCAAAAUUCAGUAAACUACACUACAGUAGUGGCCUUUAAAAUAAAAAACAGCACUUAUAAUUUAGUUAAAUAUAAAUUUUGAUCUAAAAUGGCAAUAACACAUUUUCAAAUUAGUUUUACAAAACCUCAACCUGAUUUAAAUUAAAAAAAAAUCAAACUGGCUUGAUUUAAAUAGCUAAACCCUGUGCCAUAUAAAAAAUUAUGAACCCCACUUCUGCUGAAGUGCAAGAGAUUGUAAAGGCCAUCACUGUUUCUAAUAUUAGAAACCGGGGGAUGAGUAGGAAUCUUCCCUUCUUAGGCAACUUUGUGAAACUAAGAUCUUUUGCAAACCCUUUUCCCAGUAAACGACAGUUUAGAGGCAGAGCAAUGUGCAUGCUAGAGAAGAGCAGAAACUCUACCUUUGUGUUUUCAGUAUAGAAUUAAUGCCUGCUCCCACUGGCUCAGUAUGCCUGUGGCUCCCAACCUGUACACUGCGCUACUUUUCCAUACACAUCAAUGAACAGUGUGUCUCCAGAAAUCCAGCAGGUCUCUAGGGAACAAUCUUCACAUGGUUGGAUUUAAGUUCCAGGAUCUACUGUUGCUCAUAAAUGACCUCAGACAAGCCAAUCAUGUGUGCUACAGUCUGGUAUUCACUUCAGAGAUUCUCCAGUUCUUUGUAUCAAUGUUAAGUGAUUUAAAUUAGGUUUGACUGAGCACAGGUUAUAGCUCCUCAGCCUUAGUUAUAGCUGAUCAGGUCGCUGUAUCAUCAAGUUUCAUAGGCUGCCUCCAACAAGAACAAUACUUCGUCCUUUAGAGGAAAGUGAAAAUCCCCCAUAGUGCGCCUAACCAGUUGUGCAGUGCUGUACAUAGAAUCAUGCGACUGGAAGGGAUCUUGAGAGGUCAUCUAGUCCAGUCCCCUGCACUCAUG